AUGAGUUAUGAAGAAAGUCCUAACUUCACGGAAUCCCGGCUUGGAUUGGCUGUCUUUGAGGUGACGUCUCUCUCUGGGAAGCUCUUCGUUGGGUUGCGUGGAAGCUUUGAAGGAAGUUGCCGGCUGGUGAAACGCGCUGUCCUGAGAGUCUGGCUUAAGCGACUCUCUUCUUUGGAGACUUUGAUCACGAAGUUCAACGGAGUGUUUCAGAGUUCUGGAUGUGACGGCUGUUGGGUGGAAAAUCAGCAGCGACCGUUGGAAAAGCAGCUGCGGCUCUUAGAUGUAAAAUUCAGCCAUGAGAGUGAAGAGUGUGCCAUUGUUCUCUACAGGUUGAGUGAUUGUGGUGUCACAGAUGAAGGUUGUGCUGCUCUGGCUUCAGCUCUGAGAUCAAACCCCUCACACCUGAGAAAACUGGAUCUGUCUGAGAAUAAUCUAGGAGACUCAGGAGUGAAAAUGUUUUCUGCUGUACUGGAGAAUCCUCACUGUAAACUGGAGGAUCUGAGGUUGAGGGAUUGUGGUGUCACAGAUGAAGGUUGGGCUGCUCUGGCUUCAGCUCUGAGAUCAAACCUCUCACACCUGAGAAAUCUGGAAAUGUCUCUGAAUAAACUAGGAGACUCAGGAGUGAAGCUACUUUCUGCUGUACUGGAGAAUCCUCACUGUAACCUGGAGGAUCUGAGGUUGAUGGAUUGUGGUGUCACAGAUGAAGGUUGUGCUGCUCUGGCUUCAGCUCUGAGAUCAAACCCCUCACACCUGAGAGAACUGAAUCUGUCUAGGAAUAAACUAGGAGACUCGGGAGUGAAGCUGCUUUCUGAUCUGACGGAUGAUCCACAUUAUAAACUGCAGACACUAUGCACAUGACAGUCUGAUCUCCUCAUGAUUGUCUGAUGGUGAAUAAGGAUCCACUACAGAGACUCACAGUCAACAGAAUCAACAGACUGAAGAUACAGUGACUUCACUGUUAUAAAUUAAGAUUCAUUUAGAUUUCAACGAUCCUCUGACAGACCUGAUGAGGCGGCAGUGAAAGAGCAAAGAAAACGGCUCCACCUCCCGACAGCUUCCUUUACUUAAGACCUGCAAACGCUUGAGGAAAAUCAGACUAACAAAGAUACUGUAUCCUCUUCCACUUGGUCACCAAUCAGAGCGACAAGUGAUCAUGGGAGUCACCUGGUCCCAAAUGAUCCGCGUCUGUCGAGCACAGAGAGAGGGAGGAUCCAUCAUUAAAGUCCAUCAAUAGUAAAAUACUGGAAUUCAGUAAACGCUCCAUGUUAGUUUGACAGGUGGAGAUCAGUCACUAGUGUAGUGAUGAGUCUGGACUGGAGCGAUAGAUAUAGAAGAGUGAAUGUAAAUCUGUGAAAGAAACUGUAUGAGCAACAGAUUAAAGAGAGACCAGAGAAAGACAAAUAAGUUAUAAACAUGAGAGAAAACAAACACCUUUAUAUCUUUAGAUGUUUAUAUACAUUUUCAUACGUGUCAAACGAUAUAAAAGCAGAAGUUAUGUUUAUGAUGAAACAAAAUGAAGACAAAAUCUUGCGAAACAGACUGAGAUUGAAUUCAUCUUAAAAUUCUCAGAUUUGAACCAUGUGCAGUGAGACAAUUAUAUAAAUUGAUAAUAUAUAUUUUCUUAUGGAAAAGUCAUAUUGAUUUGAAUGAAGUAAAACAGAUGACAUGUAAGACUAGGUUGCAAUUAAUUUGUGACAUUUCAUACCAAAAGAAAGAUGAACAGGGACAUUGAAAAAAUAAAUGCACAGUAGACUCUUUCACAAUUA